AUGGUGCUACUCUGGAACGUGUGGAACCGAAGGAACAAAUGGUUCCAUGAUGAAGAGUUACUAGACGAUAGGGAUAUGGUGGUGGCCGCGUGGGGCCUUUGUGUUGAUUUUGUUGAAGCCAAUUCAAUUGGAAGUUUUCUCACCCCCUCACAGAGCUCGAUGAAACUGACAUUUUGGAGCCGUCCUAAGACAAAUGGAGUUAAGAUUAAUGUCAAUGGGGCUUUUAGCACAACGAAAACCAUGUCAGCAAUAGGCAUUGUGGCCAGAGACCACAACGGUAUGGUGCUUGGGGGCAUGUGCCGACAAAUUACUCCACCUUUCAUGGCAGAAUCUACGGAAAUGGAAGCUUUUACACAAGGGCUUAAAUUCACAAUCGAGAAUGGGUGGAUGGAUACCAUUAUUAUAGGCGAUGCAAUUUCCAUUGUCAAUAGACUUUUCAAUAGAAGAGAGGAUGUUUCAACCAUCACAUUGUUGCUCAACGAAGCACAAAAUAUCUAA